AUGGAGCAAGGAGCUUUGUUACGUUCUGCGUCUUCUUCAAACUGCUACCAAUCAAGGAAGGAUGUUUCGUCUUUCAGGCCGGAAAGUAAGUUAAAACCUGGUCAAAUCCGGUUUAGCUCUCCAUGGUUUAAGCCGGUUGGUUCUGUUGCGGCGAAAUGCAAUAUGUACAACUACGCAGCGAGUGCAGGCGGCGAUGUGGAAGCUGAGCAUCCAGUGGAUGACAAAGAGUUUGUGCGUUGGUUCCGUGAAGCUUGGCCUUAUCUGUGGGCCCACAGUGGCUGCACUUUCGUCGUUGUUAUCUCCGGUGAUAUACUUGCCGGCCCUUACUGUGAUCCCAUUUUGAAGGACAUAGCGUUUCUUCAUCAUCUUGGAAUAAGAUUUGUUCUAGUUCCUGGAACUCAAUUACAAAUCGACCAGCUUCUGUCUGAGAGAGGACGCGAGGCUACAUAUGUGGGACGUUAUAGAGUAACCGAUGCAGCAUCGUUGCAAGCUGCCACGGAAGCUGCUGGAGCUAUAUCAGUUAUGCUUGAGGCUAAACUAUCUCCUGGACCAUCCAUUUGUAAUAUCCGUAGGCAUGGUGAUAGUAGUCGUUUACAUGAUAUUGGUGUCAGGGUUGAUACCGGCAACUUCUUUGCUGCAAAAAGGAGAGGUGUUGUUGAUGGUGUUGAUUUUGGAGCGACUGGUGAGGUGAAGAAAAUAGAUGUAGACCGGAUUUGUGAGAGGCUUGACGGUGGUUCGGUAGUUUUGUUGAGGAACUUGGGUCACUCUAGCUCUGGAGAAGUAUUAAACUGCAAUACCUAUGAGGUUGCUACAGCUUGUGCAUUAGCUAUAGGAGCAGAUAAGGCUAUUUGCAUAAUGGACGGUCCAAUUCUUGAUGAGAGUGGACAUCUUAUUCGUUUCUUGACACUCCAAGAAGCAGAUAUGUUGGUGAGAAAACGUGCACAACAAAGCGACAUUGCUGCUAAUUAUGUAAAAGCUGUUGGUGAUGGAAGUGUAGAUUAUCAAGAACCUUCUAAGGUUACUUCUAAUGGUAACGGGAGAGAAGCGUUAUGGGGAAACGGAAACCACACUCCGAUUUUUCAAAAUGGUGUUGGAUUUGAUAGUGGAAAUGGUUUAGGGUCUGGUGAGCAAGGUUUUGCUAUUGGUGGUGAGGAAAGACUAAGCCGGCAAAACGGUUAUCUUUCUGAACUGGCUGCUGCUGCGUUUGUCUGUAGAGGUGGAGUGAAAAGAGUUCACUUAUUAGAUGGUACUAUAAGUGGAGUUCUAUUGUUGGAACUUUUCAAAAGAGAUGGAAUGGGGACUAUGGUUGCUAGUGAUGUUUACGAAGGAACACGAGAUGCCAAAGUGGAUGACCUUGCAGGAAUCAGACAUAUCAUCAAACCUUUGGAGGAAUCCGGGGUCUUGGUCAGCAGAACCAAUGAAGAGCUACUCCAAGCUUUGGAUUCAUUCGUGGUUGUAGAAAGAGAAGGUCAGAUCAUAGCUUGUGCAGCUCUCUUCCCAUUCUUCCAAGAAAAAUGCGGAGAAGUCGCAGCCAUCGCAGUUGCAUCAGACUGUCGCGGUCAAGGCCAAGGCGAUAAACUACUAGAUUACAUAGAGAAGAAAGCUUCGUCUCUCGGGUUAGAGACGCUCUUUCUUCUCACAACACGUACAGCAGACUGGUUCGUGAGACGUGGGUUCCAAGAAUGUUCAAUCCAGGUCAUACCAGAGACCAGAAGAGAAAGAAUCAACCUCUCAAGAAAAUCAAAGUACUACAUGAAGAAGCUACUACUACACUGA